AUGCCUGCCAAUUCUUCCCAUCUCUGCCAGUCGUUGGACGUAGCCUGCUUCUCGCCAUUAAAGCAGGCGUAUAGCGGCCUCCUUGAACAACUUAUACGAACUGGAUAUUAUCAUAUUGAGAAAGUUGACUUUCUUGACAUCUAUCCGGAAGCCCACGUUCAAGCCUUUAAGAAGACGAACAUCCAAAGUGCCUUCAAAGCUGCCGGAAUCGUUCCUUUUAAUCCAAGCAAGGUCCUGGAUAAUCUCAUCUUCUACGGGGAGGAAAGCCGGCCAAGCAGCCAAGGAACAACUUCAACUGUCACCAAAAUACCUAAGAAUUUGAAGCAAUUCAGAAGUCACGAGUCAAAGAUCACUCAAUUGCUUCAAGAAACAGAUCCUCUGGUCUCGCUUAUGCAAACUGCCUUAUCAUAUAUCUUUAAAGGCGCUGAGAUAGCCUUGAACCGAGUCGUUAUUUUGGAACAAGAGAACUCCCAACUUCGUGAAGCUGUUGAACGACGAAGGAAGAAAGAACAGCGGAAUCAACAUCAGAUGAACGGCCUGGAUGGCUUCACCAUUCAGGAAGGACGCGAGGCCUUCGUACACGUCCAAUCUUUAGAGGAAGCAGCCAGUGAUACAGGGCCUAGGGAUGAUCAGCCACGCCGACGCGCGCCGCCUCGCUGCAUAGCUAGGCCACAAACUGUUUACAAUAGCUUGAAGAACAGAAGGGAGGCACAGCUUCAGUCCGUCCCUAAUAGAGGUUUUCUGCUGUUCUUCCCCGCCUUCCUUAAUAAGCCCGGCCACGGUAUGCCAUACCUGGCCCACAUCGGGUUCAACCCGUUACAUAUUUAG